GGCUGUUGUUUGGGGGCAUCCCACCAUCCGACUUGGGUUGUAACAGGCAAGGUCCAGAUUUCAAUACGAGUUGCAGCAAGUGUCGAUGGCCUUCCUUCUAAGACUGUGCCUCAUCAGAUCGUCGCCUCCUUGGGGCAUAUUUCCAGCCCUGUCCCCGAGUCGAGAGCUAUAGAUCUUGACGAGAGACGAGCAUGUGGGUGAGGCUAUUUAUCAGUGUGAAGGCAAGCCACAGUAUGCACACGUGAGAAUAUGGCUCCCCCCAAAGACCGCAAGAGGAGAUUCCACCGACGGAGCAAGAAUGGCUGCCAGACGUGUAAGAGACGACAUGUUCGGUGUGACGAACAGAAGCCACUUUGCACCAACUGUCUCCAAACAGGCAGUGAAUGCAUCUAUCCUGUUCCCCAACAAUCAUUACCAUCCAAUGAAUCAUCGCCCUCCAACAGCGGGAGCGCGAGCGGCAGCGGCAGCGGCAGCGGUAGCGGGAACGUUAAUAUCGACAUCGAGGCACAGAUGGUGUUGGCCGAGCCUGCAUCUGGGCUGAUCGAUCCCCUCAAUGACUAUGUUGGGGGUUCGUUUGAUGCACUCCCCGAACCUUCUAAACGACUGCUGCGUCACUUUUCCCAGUAUACUGUAUGGGGACAAAGACCUGUUGCUCGAGAGCUCCAGUCCUCGGCGAUCCAGAAGUCCUUUGAGAAUCCGGGGUACAUGCAUAUGUGCCUCAUGCUUUCGGCAUGUCAGUGGGCAUGGGUGACAGGCUCGAUGGACGAAGUCCGGAUCCCGUUCCUUUACCACAAAGCGGCGACAUAUCAAUUCGCAAGAGAACAGCUUCAAAGUCCUGAGGCGGCACAGAGCGGAGACACCAUGUUGGCAAUUUCUGCACUUGCACUUACCGAGGGCGCUAUCGGAGAGUUAGAUGCUUCCGCGAGACAUCUCCAAGGAAUACAGUCCGCAGCGAGGGCAUGGAACAUGGCCGACCAAACCCCUACGUUGCCACAGAGCAUGUUGAAGAUGAUCGGAGACGGAUUGCGAACGGGGAAAUCAGAAAAGCUGGUUAACGUGCCAGGAUACACACCGAUAUUCAUGGGCCUCUUGUUCGCGUCCAUCUGGGACAUCACGGCAUUGCCACCGCGGGAGGCACCGAGAUAUGGAUGGUGGGAGGAUCAAGACACACAAGCGGCCAGGUUGUGGCAGAACCACACCAGGGAGCUCAACCUCAACUACGAGAUAUCACGGGGCUUCAACACGACCCAGUACAUCCCCCGAAUCCUCAACGGAGACCCGAAAAGUAGCCGAACAAGUUUCAUCGCCACCUUCUUCUACCUCUGCUCCGAGCUGGGUCACCGAUACUUUGACGUAACCUUAGUCGACUGGCUUCUCGAACAGCUCAUCGACGACGUCAACGCGGGCGAGGAAUACCUCCAGACAAGUACGUGGACCCAACCGCUGUGGCUCUGGUGUACCAUGUUUGGGGCGGCCAUAGCCUCGACGGGGCGAGCGACGAACUCAGUGGAGGAGAGACAGUUAGAAAGGUGGCGAGAAGUGUAUAACGAUAAAAUGAGGCUGGUGGGCCGAGUGCUCGGGAUCAGUAGCUGGGAAUCGGUCAAGGCUGUGCUUUCAGGACUCCUGGGCACCUUCGAAGGGCAACUGGAACAAGGACUGAAGGAGCUUUGGGAGGAGGGUGUUGUUCGAGAGGAACCCUCUGGUGAAGACACGAUAGAUCCAUCAGUGAUAGAGCUAAUGGAUCAAGACUAGGAUAUGCAUAAUGCCUCAACAUCGUCACCCCUCUCCUUGGUCCCCGAGCAUUUGUCAUUCUGGAGCCAUUAUCGGUGUGUGAUGAUAGCCACGUCAACAGAAGUGAGGCAUCACAAUCUCGAGCCGUCGGCAGUUGAUGUAGCCCCUGAAGCUUGCAUUACACG